AUGAUGUCCACAACCGAGAGGAUAAGGCAGUUGAAUGACACCUGUGCUGGCUUGGUGGACAUGGAACUCUUUCUCCAUUACUCCCUCAUCCCAUCACUUCUCAUCAUUUUGGUCUUGUCCUUUCUCCAAAGACGGGAGCACUGCAAACAGAGAGAUGACACUUCUUACCUCCUGGGGAACCACUUUGGAAUUAUCAUACCUCUGGACUUCGUGGGCACCUUUAGCAACCGAUGGUCUUAUGGAAUUGCCUUCGGAGCCACAGCCAAUAAUGUCAUGUUCCUGUUCUCAGAAGGCUCCCAGCUCCUGCGGAUCCCGCAGUGGGCCCGAGCCUUUGUGCUUCUGAUUGGAGGCUUCGAAGUCGGCCUGUCCCACUUCCCCUUCUUUGCCUGCCUCUCAUCAGAGUUCCGGCUGGUCAGCUCCAUCCUGGGCUUCCUCUACUCUCUGAUCUGGUUUGUUGUCACCAUUCUUCACAUCACACAGUGUCCCCAUGGGCAGUUUUUGGGGAGGUAUGAGACCGUCAUAUUCUACUGGCCCUCGCUGCUGUGCCUGUCCUUCCUGCUGGGCCGAUUCCUGUACAUGUUCGUCAAGUCUCUUAGGAUCUACCUCGGCUGGGAGCUGCAGAUGGAAGAAAAGCCUUUCCUGGAAAUUCAUCAGGCAGAGCACGUCAAGCAGCUCCUGCGGAAGCCCCCUCUGCAAGAGAAAAAAAAGUCUUGGUUUCAGAGCAGGAUAUACGAGUGGGACCCCUGCUUUCAGUUCCCAAGCAGAAUGAUCGGAACCACUGUGUUGGCUUUCAUCUGCCUGUAUCUCUUCAUUGUCAUUGAGUUCUGCGUGUUCGUGUAUGUGAGAGGUGCGCUGGAUGUGUUUGAAGGCGAGUUAGAGAGCUACAUUGCCUCCGUGAACCAGACUGGGACCCUGACCCCAGUCAUCCUGCAGGUGAAGGAGCUGAUAAAAAUCUCCAAAGGAGUCUGGGUGGUUACCAUUUUGCCUGCCUCCCUCACGUGUGUGAGCUAUCUGUUCCACAUUUUGGCUUGUUACAGAAAGCACGUGAAGAGGCUGUGGGCAGGAAAUAAACACUUUCUCCCUCUGAAGUUCCAUAGCCCUUCCUCCUCAGGGAGCGUGGCGGCCAUUGCAAGGUACUCUGGCUGGCAGAUAGCCUACAUUUUGUGGGGCUACCUCGUGAUCCACGUGGUGCAGAGCCUGUGUGGCCUGAUGAUCAUGUACAGCCUGGUGUUGCCCAUCAUCCACAACCAGGGCCUGGAGGUGCUCCGAGGACUGGGCAUCGGGAUCCUCACCAUAUCCAUCGUCCUGGGCCUCAUGAUCCUGCAGGUAUGCAUCGCUGGCAGCUUCUUCCUGCAACCCAAGAUGAGCACAGCUGACAAGCAGAAGCCCUUGGCACUCAACAACAGGAAAAUGUUCCACAACUUCAGCUACUUCCUGUUCUUCUACAACGUGCUUCUGGGCCUGGGCGCCUGCCUCUCCAGGCUUCUCAUCAGCUGCAUCCUGGGCACGUGGCUGAUCGCCCGCAUCGACAGGACCAUCAUGCAGAAGGGCUACGAGGGAGCAGAUAUGGGGUUCAGGGCAUGGGUUGGCAUGCUCUACGUGGACCAUUAUCACACCCACCCCGUGCUCGUCAGCUUCUGCCACAUCCUGCUCAGAGGCCUGAGGGAGAGGCAGCUGCAGCAGGCCCUCAGCUAUGGGCACCUGUAUCAGCCAGCAGGUCCCCGCACCUCGGCGAGGCCCAGGACGAGGUGGCGCCUGCUGCAGACCCUGAUCAACAACCCCAGGCUGCUCAUGCUCAGAAAGUCAAAACCAGGUCCCGGCUCCCAGGAGUUUACCCAGAUCCUGCUGACGUGCUCGAAGAGCUGA